GACUUGUGCGUCUUUUCUCUGGUUCAUGGCUCUCUCAAACUUGUGCCACAUGUUGGUUUGAGCUAUUGUUUUCCGCCGUUCGCGUGCCGCUUCGUCGCAGUUUUGAAACGCUGGAUUGAAUCUGAAGACUGAGCUGGAACAGGCCGCAUCAUGCCGCUUUCGUGUCGCUUCUAUUCUCAAAAAUAUCCGGAGCCCGAGGACGUGGUGAUGGUGAACGUCAGGCAGAUCGCCGAGAUGGGCGCCUACGUGCGGCUGCUGGAGUACAACGACAUCGAAGGCAUGAUCCUGCUCUCCGAGUUGUCCAGGCGACGUAUCCGUUCCAUCAACAAGCUCAUCCGCGUCGGCCGCAGUGAGUGCGUGGUCGUCAUCAGGGUGGACAAGGACAAAGGGUACAUUGACUUGUCCAAACGGCGAGUGUCUCCGGAGGACAUCACAAAGUGUGAAGAAAAGUUUGCCCGGGGCAGAGCUGUUAACAGUAUUCUUCGGCACGUCGCCGAAACACUCAAGUAUGAGACAGACGAGCAGCUGGAGGAACUGUGCAGGAAAACGGCCUGGUACUUCGAUGACAAGUUCAAGAAGCCCACAGCAUCUUACGACGUCUUCAAGCUGGCUGUUACGGACAUAUCAGUGUUGGAUGAAUGCAACAUUGACCCGGAGACGAAAGAAGUGCUCCUGACCAAUAUCAAGCACCGGCUGACGCCACAGGCUGUCAAGAUCAGGGCAGAUAUUGAGGUGUCCUGCUAUGAAUAUGAAGGCAUUGAUGCCGUGAAGCAUGCCCUCAGGGAAGGCAUGUCUCUGUCCACUGAGGACAUGCCUAUCAAGGUGAGUCUUGCAGACUUUUAAUGUGGUAGCGUUAAAGAGCUCAUUUCGCAAAAAUUCCGGUGCUGGCGUCGGUUUCGGUGUCAGCGUCGUUGGUUGUGAGCGAAAAAUAGAGAG